CUGACGUAGUGCUACCCGGAAGUCAAGAAAACUGACGUUUAUGUCUCUGAUUUCGCAUCGUUAUCUCCAAGAUGAGCCGAGCUAAACCGGAAGACGAUGAAUACUGGAACAGCUCCAAAUUCAAAGCUUUCACCUUUGAGGACGAUGACGAUGAAUUUACCAAGCUGAAAGAAUCCAAGCGUGCAGUGAACAGCAUCCUGGUCGACGACGACGACGAUGAUGACGUUGAGAAGGUCAGCUGGAGUGGCGAGCCUAUUGGAAGUAUCUCCUGGUCUGUCAAUGAGACGGCCUCCAGUAUCCGCGCAGGUGGAGAGCAGAGCUUUCCAAAAAUCAACACGGCCCCCUCGUUACCCAAACAAGGCUCUGUAUACUCCUUAAGUUCUUUGUUCAGAGCAAAGAGCAAGCCUUCAUUUUCUGAAUCUUUUGACACGUCUGCUAGAGUAUACGCACCAGUAUUGCGCAGACCCAAGUCCGAGUGUCAGGACUACGUGAGUGAUCGGAGCCCUGAAGAGACCAUAAGGAGGAUGCGGAAAGGAAAGGCAUAUUCCCUGGAAAGGUUCCGCUCAUUACAGGACAAAUUGCUGCUGCUGGAUGAAGCAGUCAGUGCUCACGAUGGCAACGUCAUCACUGCUGUCUUAAUAUAUUUAAAGAAAUCAUUAGAUAAAGAAAUCCUCUUCCGAGAGUUAAUGUUAAGGGAAAUAGCUUUGCGGCAUUAUGUUCAUUAUCUGAAAGAAAUGGGAGAGCAGAAGCUUUUGGUGGAGUUAAUGAAGGCACUUGGCAGAACAGAGGAUAUGGCGUUCAUGCAGUACAAGGAGCAUAUGAAUAUUAAAGACGAAGUUGAAAGGAGAGACUUCCUCAAAAAAUCUCUUGGUCUUCCUUUUUCUCAAGACGAUGCCACUCAUGUGCAAGACCACUACACACUCCUGGAAAGACAGAUCAUCAUAGAGGCUAAUGACAGGAAGGGUGAGGCAGAGAUUUUUAAGAAGUUCCCCAGAAAAGCUUCCAUCUUGAACAUGCCCAUUAUCACCACUCUGUACUACUCCUGCUUUUACCACUAUGGAGAGUCUGAGGGUACAUUCAGCAGUCCAGCUAACAUCAGAAAAACUUUCAGAAUUUCAGAAAAGCAGUACGUCCUUACAGCACUCGGAGCUCGGGCAAAAUUGAAAAACUGGUUUGAUGUGGACAGUUUAUUCAACACCAAGACCUGGCUUGGAUACACCAAGAAGAGAUCCCCCAUUGGCUUUCACAGAGUGGUGGAUAUCCUGCAAAAGAACAACGCUCCUGUUCAGGUCUUGCAAGAUUAUGUGACCCUGAUUGAUGACCAAGAACUGAAGCUCAGUUUGGCGCAGAAGUAUAAAUGCCAUGACGUUGUCAUCAACACAUACAAAGAUCUGAAAGACCGUCAGCAGCUGAUUGUGUACCAGGGUAAAAUGGAGCGAGGUUCACAUGAGUACAGGAACAUCGAGGAGCUCCUUAAUAACAUGCAAAUCCGAUGGAAGAACUGACAUUUGGAUAGAAGAGAUGUUUUAUACAGACAUUUUGAUAUGGUCAUGAUCAAAGCUUCAGCUGAUAGCCAGUGCUUCAGAGGAGCUUCAUAGGAAAGGCUGUUGUGACUUCACAGACAAGUCAGAGAGUAGCCUGAGCUUUCAGCCACAGCGCGGUGAAGCCCAACAACCCGGCCAUGGCAACUACGACACGUUUCAUUUGCUUUGUCCUUGUAAUUUACCAUUUCCGUUUUUAAAUAUAUUUUCCUGGUAUGUAGAGGUGCCAUGUGCCAACAAAAUCUGAAGUGUACAAAUACCAAACAUUCCUAAUCUACACUACCUUUUGUCCAUAAGUCAGUCGUCCUGAUGAACUUAUGUUUUAUAUAAAAAAAAGUGAAAAUUAAAGUGUUUAAUAAAAACCUUUUAAAAUGGUCAAUUGUUUGAUAUUUAAUAA